UUUUUGGGUGUAACAGUGGUGUAUUUGAGGAUGUUUUUUUUUUUUUUCUUACAAAAUUUCCCAUUUUAAAUUAUGUUCCCAUCAAAUCCUAAUUCACCUAGGUCAAUUAGCAAAUUAGUAAAUACUUCGUAAAAUUUUGGCAUAACUUUUUAUUUAUAAAAAAAAAUUGAAAAAAAUGUAGGAAGUCACGUGAUGAGAGAGAAACAGAAAUUCCAAUACAUGAACAACUUAACAAAGUCUUACAUCCACCCCACGAAUUAUCACAAGUUCUCUGUUUCCCACCCCUUUCCCUCUCUCUCCCCCUUAAUUAUGAUUAAAAACCCCAAAUAUAAAUAAACCCAAACAAACCCUCCUUUUUUCAAAAUUCACACAUUUCAUAAUCCUCUUCAUCUUCUUCUCGAAGAAAAUUCUCGCCAUUUUCAGAGGAGAGAGAAAGCUCGGAAACACCCGAUAAUGGCGGCUUACAGAGCAGAAGAUGACUACGAUUACUUGUUCAAAGUAGUAUUAAUUGGCGAUUCUGGCGUCGGAAAAUCCAACCUUCUCUCUCGUUUCACCCGCAAUGAGUUUAACCUUGAAUCCAAAUCAACCAUCGGUGUUGAAUUCGCUACUCGUAGCAUUCAUGUUGAUGAUAAGAUUGUUAAAGCUCAGAUUUGGGAUACUGCUGGUCAGGAAAGGUACCGUGCUAUAACUAGUGCAUACUACAGAGGGGCUGUUGGUGCUCUAUUGGUCUAUGAUGUUACCAGGCAUGUAACGUUUGAGAACAUUGAGAGAUGGUUAAAGGAAUUGCGAGAUCAUACAGAUUCCAGCAUUGUGAUAAUGCUCGUGGCAAACAAGGCUGAUUUGAGGCACUUGCGUGCUGUUUCCACUGAGGAUGCCAAGGCCUUUGCAGAAAGAGAGAACCUCUUCUUCAUGGAGACAUCUGCUCUUGAAUCUUUAAAUGUUGAAAACGCAUUUAGUGAAGUCCUCACCCAAGUAUAUCAUGUUGUCUGCCGCAAAGCACUUGAUGUUGGGGGUGACCCAACUGCCUUGCCAAAGGGUCAAACCAUUGAUAUCGGUAAGGAUGAUGUAUCUGAAGUGAAAAAGGUUGGUUGCUGUUCUGCCUGAUCCAGCUGUAAGAUAAUCGAGAUGCUUAUCUCAUCGCACAGGAAAUUUUUGUAAAGUUCUCACAGCAAGCCAUGGGUUUUGUGAAAAUCAUUCGAAGUACACAUUUAUAUUCAUUUCAGAACUUUGAAGAGGCCAGAUUAUUGAAGUAAAGAGGGAUAUGCUUAUUUUGGUUUUAUAUUCCUUCUCUGCUUAUGGUAAUUUGUGUUUCCUCGUCUUAUACGGAGUACUAUCUACAGACAUACAGUACUAAUAAUAGCUUAGACAUGUUUUCAGAAUUCAAUUUAAUUUUCCAAAAGUUUAUUGGCAUUGAACACUA